GUUAGAGGUUGGGGUAAGGUAUAGGGGACUAGUUAGGCUGAUCUGAGACCUCCUAAGCCGCCACUGAAGCUGGUUAGCCGGGUCUACGUGCAGCAACACGUAAGUAGUAUAAGUGCGUAUUCACACACGAGGCUAAGCGAGACCCGCUAGAGAUCCAGGGGAAACCCGGAAUCGCGCGACGAGAUGAGAUCUAGAGUCCUCGCUCAUUUUUUAUACUUAGAUAUUAGGGGGCAGUUUUUUUGUUUCGUUUUAUAGUUACUUCAGAUUUCAUUCCUAAAUUUCUCAAUUCCCGCAUCCGAAAUAUAUCUCCCUUUUUCCCGUUUUGAGUAAUUUUUGGCCUCGAUCUUGCCGAAUACCGCAGUCCGAAGUGAGACUCGCAGUCUUUUUAUCUGUUAAUUUUUCUAUAGAUAUAUUCCUUGUUGGCUAAUCGCACCGGGCAAAUGGCUACGCCGCCCCGACGUCGGAUCGUCGGCGUUUCCACCAAGAUGUACUUCUCCGCCGCGAGGACGAGGCGGUACGUCAGCGAGCUGCUGCAGAUCCUGACCUCGUCGCCACCGGACCUCCUCGCCCGGCUCGACGUGUUCGUCAUCCCGGACCACAUCACGCUGGCGUCGGUCGUCUCGCAGCUGGCGGGCACCCGCGUGCUGGUCGGCGCGCAGGACGCCUCCUGCGAGGACGCGGGCCCGUUCACCGGCGAGGCCUCGCCCGCCGUGCUCGCCGAGGUCGGCUGCCGCAUCGUCGAGCUCGGCCACGCCGAGCGCCGGCGCCUCUUCGGCGAGACGGACCGCGACGUGGCCCGGAAGGCGGCCGCCGCGGCCAGGAACGGCUUGACGCCCCUCGUGUGCAUCGGCGAGCGCGCCCGUGGGGAGGCGGCGGCAGCCGCCGGCGAGUGCAGGGUCCAGGUCGAGGCGGCGCUGGCCGACCUGCCCGACGGCGCCGACGUCAUCCUGGCCUACGAGCCGGUCUGGGCCAUCGGGGCCGCCGAGCCGGCGGGGGCAGACCACGUCGUCUCGGUAACCAAGGCGAUCAGGGCGCUCGACUGCGUGCGGCGGAGGAAGGGGACCACGAGGAUCCUCUACGGCGGGAGCGCCGGCCCCGGCCUGUUCGCGAAGCUCCAGGACGGCGUCGAUGGGCUGUUCCUGGGCAGGUUCGCGCACGACCCGGCCCAGUUCUACAGGACGAUCCUGGAAGUAGCCACGGCUUAGGAGCGCGGAUCGGGUCAGCGAUGACUGCCUCUGGGCGGAAAGUGCGUCUUCGGAGAAUUGGCAACCAACUUACCCGACCCUACGGUGGCAUGGGGAAGCCAGAAAUGGCGCACGGAAUCGAGCUCUACGCAGACAUGCUACCCAUAUUGUCGAGUAUGCCGUGUCGAUGGACGCACGUCGCGUAACUAAUAUCCCCAGCGAGGACUUUGGAAUAACACAUAACCUAUGGUAUCUUGGACCAUGACAUGACCAAUCGGCAUAUGCCCAGGCACGCACGUGUCGAGAAGGAGAAUACAAAACAAAAAUUCAGGUGCACUAUCCGUACCAUUUAAAUGGCGUCUUUUCCUCGCAUGGCUGCC